AUGGACCUGCAGCUCGCGCCACCGCCGCUCGCCAACCUCCGCCUCCUCGCCCACCGCCCCAAGGCCGCCUCUGCCUGCACCUCCACCUCCACUGCCACCGCCGCGCCCUCCACCUCCUGCUCCUCUUCCACGGAGCAGCCCCUCAAGCCCCGCCCGCGCCUCCCGCGCCAGAGCCCCGCGCCCAGGCCCCGGCCCCGGCCCAACCCCACCCGCCUCCCCGCCCUCUGCGCCGCCAUCGAGCGGCACGCGGCGGCGGGCCGCCACGCCGAGGCGCUCGACCUGUUCCGCCUGGCCCGCGCGGGGGCUCCCUUCACGCCGCUCCCGGCGCGCACCUACCAGGCGCUGCUGCUCGCCGCCGCCGCGCUGCGGGAGCCCGGCACGGCCGCAGCGGUGGCCUGGCACGUCGAGAGCUCCGGCUUCGAGCUCGACCUGUACACGCACAACCACGUCCUGCGGGCGUACCUCGAGUGCGGCAUGCUCGCCGAGGCGCGCCGGGCGUUCGACGGGAUGCCUGACCGGAACGGCGUCACGUGGGGGAUCAUGAUGGGCGGCCUCGUCGACCGGGGCUGCCCCCGCGCCGCGCUGGCGCUGUUCCAGGAGAUGCGGGCGGAGGCGGCCGGCGGGGACGCGCCGCCGCCGAGGUCCCUCGUGGUGGCUCUCAGUGCGGCUACGUCCUCGGGGUCGGCGCGAGCCGGGCGGCAGCUGCACUGCUGCGUUGUCAAGGUGGGGGCGUGUGGUGACGUCACUGACCGGUACCUGGCGUGCGCACUGCUCGACAUGUACAGCAAGUGCGGCUUGAUUGAUGAGGCGAGGCGGGUGUUUGACGGGCUGCCACGGCCUCAUCGGACGAGCGUCGUCGCGUGGAACUCCAUGUUGGCGGCGUAUGUGCUCCAUGGCCACAGCGAGGAGGUGCUGGAGCUGUACCAAGAAAUGUGCAGGAGUCGUGUCGCCAUGGACCAGUUCACAUUCUCGACCAUGCUAGGGGUGUUCUCUAGGUUGGGGCUGCUGGAGCAUGCGAAGCAGGCGCACGCUGGCUUGAUCCAGAGAGGAUUGCCACUGGACAUUGUUGGGAACACGGCGCUUGUGGACUUGUAUUGCAAAUGGGGAAGGAUGGAGGACGCAAGGAAUGUCUUUGAGAGGAUGCCUAGGAGGAACUUAAUCUCAUGGAACGCUCUGAUUGCUGGAUACGGCUACCAUGGCAUGGGGGAUAAGGCGAUCGAGAUGUUCGAGAGGCUGAUAGCUGAGGGUGUUGCGCCAAACCAUGUGACGUUUCUGGCAGUGCUGAAUGCGUGUAGGUUUUCAGGUCUUGUUGACAAAGGGAAGAGGAUUUUCCAGUUGAUGACUGAAAACCUGAGAAUGAAACCAAGGGCUAUGCAUUAUGCAUGUGUUAUUGAGCUUUUUGCUGCCGAGCAGCUAUUGGCAAUGGAACCUGAUAAGAUAAACAGCUAUGUUGUGCUCCUCAACUUGUAUGUUAGCUCUGGUAGACAGGAUGACGCCUGCAAGGUAGUUCAAACAUUGAAGAGGAAAGGUUUAUAUAUUCAUAACGCUUCUAGCUGGAUCACAGUCAAGAAAACGGAUCACAGGUUUUUCUUUAAAGAUACUUUGCAUCCACAAAGUGCUGAAAUAUACAGGAGGCUAGAUACAUUAAUGAAGGAUGUACGAGAAGCUGGCUAUGUUGCUGAGGAGAAUGAGUUGCUCCCUGAUAUUCAUCCCGAAGAGCAAAAGAUAUCGAGAGCUUACCACAGUGAAAGAUUAGCAAUUGUUUUUGGCCUUAUCAGCACAUCUCCACAUACUCCCUUGAGGAUUACUCAAAGCCAUCGUUUGUGUAGUGACUGCCACAAGGUAAUUAAGUUUGUGGCAAAAGUUACCAUGAGGGAAAUUGUUGUAAGGGAUGGUAGCAGGUUCCACCACUUCAAACUCGGGAUCUGCUCUUGUGGUGACUACUGGUAA